AUCUCCUUGAACUCGUACAUAACACUUCAUCGUCAGCACACCAAACCAUUUCUAUGUCAUUCUCGCUUGUCCGGCCAUUACUUGGCUUCAGCCCAAUCACUGCUCGUUCGAGUUUGAGCACUACUCGGUUUCUCCGCCCUCAUUCACCCUCAGGCUCUGUCAUUUGUCGACAUUAUUUGCUUUCCGCACGCGCGCAUGUGCCUCGGACGUUUGGAUUGAAUCGACUGGGCGCUGCACGCAAGGGGCAGCUCCUCCUGCCCAGCUUUCUGACAGCUACAGGGACAGUAGGGAUUGCCCUUGGCAUAGCAACGUGUACCGCAUCAAACAUUCAUUGUGACAGUAAAGGGCCAGGUACCACACCCACUCCAUCUCUUCAUUCCCCACCCCCGGAAUCCACCGUCAAUCUGUAUGAAUUAACGUUUGGUACAGUAGCUGGCGUGUGUGCGGGUGUAUUCAUCAAGAAAGGUGCAAAAAUGGUCGCAUUUUUCUUGGGUGGUGUAUUCGUCCUCCUUCAAUACCUUGGGUCGAUGUCACUCGUCCGUGUUGAUUGGGCUCGCAUGGGUGCUCGAUUCGAGAACUUGUUGUAUACGAAAGACGCGUUGGGUAACAAGAAGCCACCAACUAUUUUGUCACUGUGGAGAUGGGUGGUGGACUUUUUAACAGCAGACUUUCAGCCAAGGGCGUCUUUCAUUGCUGGGCUCGCGCUAGGGUUGCGUAUUGGAUGAAGUGUUCAGGACUCGGACAUUAUCCAAAUCGGGGCGAGAGAAAAAAUAGCUCGUAAUUUGCUCUCAGUCUGUAU